ACUUAUCCUGAUAUCUCAAUAACCCUGUUCCUGUUAUUUACUUGGAAGAGUCUAAACCAAAAGUGAUAGUUAACUUAACGCCGUUAGCAUAGCAAUAGCGUGUUAGCUUGCUUUCUGUUCACACUGUGGAAUAUCAUCUUGCCUCUGGUUUGUCUUGUGUGCUAACUGUUUCUCUUUUUAAGCGAGUAUACUACGAUCCAUCGAGCAACCUUGGUAAGUUGGAAUUGCACUUCAAAUCCGGUGAGUUAUGGCUUCUAUUCCUAUUAUUGUUACUUGCACCUCAUGUCAUAUGUUUAGCUUAGCCUUCUCUGUCAGCUGCGAGGGCUUUAUAUGCGAUAAAUGCAGGGAAAUAGUUAGGCUGACAGAGAAGAUCUUAGAAUUAGAGUCUCGCAUCCAAUCUUUAUCUGAGGAUAGUAAGAGUUUAACGACGAUAGAAAACACUUUGGAUGCGAGCAACAUUAGCGCACACAGCUCGGUUCCGGUUGAAAAUCCCCCGCAGCUGGGAAACUUCGUGACUGUGAGACGGCGUAGUCGCAGGACAAAACAUCACUCGACCGUUCCGAUUACAGUCUCGAACAGGUUUGCCCCGCUCAGUGACGCACCGACUGAGAAACCUGCUGAAAGUGCCCUAGUUAUCGGUGAUUCUAUUGUUCGGAACGUUAACAUAGAGGCACCAGCCACCAUAGUCAAAUGUUUACCGGGAGCCAGAGCGCCUGACAUCAAGUCAAAUUUAAAUGUGCUGGCUAAGGCUAAUCGUAAAUUCAGUAAGAUUGUCAUUCACGUCGGCACAAAUGAUGUUCGACUCCGUCAAUCGGAGAUCACAAAAGAUAACAUUAAAGAGGUGUGUGAGCUCGCAAGCAUGAUGUCAGACACUGUAAUAUUCUCUGGCCCCCUCACUGCUUAUCGUGGUGAUGAGAUUUAUAGCAGAUUAUCAUCACUAAAUGGCUGGUUGUCUGAGUGGUGCCUGCAGAAUGAUAUAGUUUUUAUAAAUAACUGGAAGAGUUUUGAGGGCAGACCUGACCUGUUGAAACGAGAUGGUCUCCAUCCCUCCUGGGCUGGGACUUCCAUCCUGUCUAGAAAUAUGGCAAAAAGUCUUAAUGCUAAUGCUAAAACUUGACUCGCUGGGGCCCAGGUCAGGGAGCAGACAGUAUGGCUUAACCAACUGUCUGCUUGCCGUCUCACGUCGCAGAAUACACAAAAUGUACAACAUGUAGUAAUCCGUUCUCCCAAACAUCACAAAAUAGAGACUGUGUCUGUCCCCCGGAUUAGCAAACAUAAAAUAAUGCGUAAACCUCUUGAAAGUAAUUUAAUAAACGUUAAACAAACUAAACAUGAACAAAAUACAGAUAAUCAACUGUUACGACUCGGAUUGCUAAAUAUUAGAUCUCUCUCUAAUAAAGCACUUUUUGUUAACGAUAUGAUAACAGAUCAUAAAAUAGACAUGCUCUGUUUGACAGAAACAUGGCUAAAACCAGAUGAUUAUAUUGCUUUAAAUGAAUCUGUCCCCCAAGAUUAUUAUUAUAAACACGAGCCUCGUCUAAAAGGCAGAGGGGGAGGUGUCGCAGCACUUUACAAUAACUCUCUUAGCAUUUCCCAGAAGUCGAACUCUAAAUAUAAUUCUUUUGAAGUCAUGGUUCUUCAUGUUUCAACACCUAAUACUAAAGAUAAAACACUUUUUAAAUUGAUUCUAGCUAUUGUAUAUAGGCCUCCAGGGCACCACACAGAUUUUAUUAAAGAAUUUGGUGGGUUCUUAUCAGAACUAGUACUGGCCGCAGAUAGACUCCUUGUCGUUGGUGACUUUAACAUCCACGUAGAUAACGUUACAGAUGCCUUAGGAAUGGCUUUCAAAGACACUCUUAACUCCAUGGGCAUUAGUCAACAUGUGUCAGGACCCACUCACCUUCGUAAUCAUACUUUAGAUUUAAUACUGUCUUACGGUAUAAAUGUGGACGACGUUAAAAUCCUUCAGCAGAGUGAAGACAUUUCGGAUCAUUAUCUGGUAUUAUGUUUGCUUCACUGGCCUACGGCUGCAAAUAAAACUCAUUGUUACAAAUAUGGUAGAACAAUAACUUCAACUACCAAAGAUGCGUUUCUCGAUAAUCUGCCCGAAUUGUCUCAAAUCAUGAGAAAUAACGUUGAAGAUCUUGACAUUACCACUGAAAAUUUUAAUUCCACCUUCUCGGUAACGCUAGACAAAGUUGCUCCACUACGUUUAAAGAAGAUUAAAAAUGGCAGCCCCACACCGUGGUAUAAUGAACACACUCAGGCUCUAAAGAAAGCGGCCCGAAAAAUGGAGCGCAACUUUAAGAAAACUAAAUUAGAGGUAUUUCGUACAGCAUGGAAGGAUAGUAUUCGAAAAUACAGGAAAGCCCUAAUAACUUCUAGAUCCGCCUACUUUUCAUCACUAAUAGAAGAAAACCAGCACAACCCUAGGUUUUUAUUUAACACGGUGGCUAAAUUAACAAAAAAUAAAUCGUCAGUGACUUCUGAUCCUGUAUAUCAGCAUAGCAGUGAUGAAUUUAUGAACUACUUCACAUAUAAAAUCCAAGAUAUUAGAGAAAAAAUUAUAACAAUGCAAUCAGAAGUGAAACCCGCUGAACAAACUAACUACAGCGCCCUUAAGGAGAAAAUGCAAUUAUUUUAUACCGUAGAUCAAGAUGAGCUGUCUAAAAUUAUUAGAUCAUCUAAAUCAACAACAUGCAUACUAGACCCUAUACCUACAAAUCUACUGAAAGAGAUGCUCCCAGAAAUUAUAGAUCCUCUUCUUGGUAUUAUUAACUCAUCUCUGACAUUAGGACAUGUGCCUAAAGCAUAUAAGGUGGCUGUUAUAAGGCCCCUUGUCAAAAAACCCCAACUCGACCCUAGAGAACUAAGGAACUACAGGCCUAUAUCGAAUCUACCUUUCAUAUCUAAAGUUCUGGAAAAAGUAGUUUCAACUCAAUUAUGCUCCUUCCUCCAAAGGAAUGACAUCAAUGAAGAAUUCCAGUCUGGAUUUAGAGCAUGUCACAGUACAGAGACUGCUUUGAUCAGAGUUACAAAUGAUCUGCUAUUGGCGUCUGACCGAGGUUGUAUCUCGUUAUUGGUGCUGCUAGACCUUAGUGCUGCAUUCGAUACCAUUGACCACAGCACACUCCUACAUAGACUCGAAAAUUAUGUCGGCAUUAAAGGAAUAGCUUUGAAAUGGUUUAAAUCUUAUUUAUCCGACCGUUUUCAAUUUGUAGCAAUAAACAAUGAGGUGUCACGCAAAUCGCAAGUCCAGUACGGUGUACCACAGGGCUCAGUCUUAGGGCCUCUGCUCUUCGCAUUAUACAUGCUACCUCUAGGAGAUAUAAUAAAGCGACACGGAGUUAGCUUUCACUGUUAUGCUGAUGAUACUCAACUUUAUAUUUCCUCGAAGCCUCAUGAAACACAGCAGUUCCAUCGAAUAAUGGAAUGCAUAGUCGAUAUAAAAAACUGGAUGAGUAACAACUUUUUAUUACUGAACUCGGACAAAACGGAAGUGUUACUUAUUGGACCGAAAACUGCUAUAAGUAACAACCAAGAAUACUGUUUAACUAUUGACGGAUGUUCCAUAAAACCCUCGUCGUCAGCAAAGAAUCUUGGCGUUCUAUUCGAUAGUAAUCUGUCAUUUGAGAGCCACGUCGCCAACACCUGUAAAAUUGCGUUUUUCCAUUUUAAGAAUAUAUCUAAACUACGUCAUAUGCUGUCAAUCUCAGAUGCAGAGAAGUUAAUUCAUGCAUUCAUGACAUCAAGACUAGAUUACUGUAAUGCACUGUUAGGUGGUUGCCCUGCAGGCUUAUUACAAAAACUCCAAUUGGUCCAAAACGCGGCAGCUCGAGUUCUUACACGUACAAAAAAGUAUGAACAUAUUAGCCCGGUUCUGUCAACCUUGCACUGGUUACCUAUAAAGCAUCGCGUUAACUUUAAAAUCUUGCUUAUUACCUAUAAAGCCUUACAUGGUUUAGCUCCUCAGUACUUGAAUGAACUCCUUUUGUAUUACAGUCCUUCACGUGCAUUACGCUCUCAGGCGUCCUGUCAGUUGGUAAUACCUAGAAUUUCAAAAUCAAGUGCAGGUGGUAGAUCCUUUUCCUAUCUAGCGCCUAAACUUUGGAAUAGUCUUCCCUGCACUGUCCGGGAGGCAGACACACUCUGUCAGUUUAAAUCUAGACUAAAGACGCAUCUUUUUAAUCUUGCAUACACUACUCUUCCAUAAUAUAAAUCUUCAGAGGGUUUAGGCUGCAUUAGUUAGAUCAACCGGAACCAAAAACACAACUGAUGUACUUGUUGCAUCAAAGAGUACAGAACAGUACUCUACUCUCAGCCAGUCUUGUCUCAUUGUUCCAAGGUUACCACAGCGAGCAGGAUGCAGUUCAUGGCCUGACCUGAUGGUAGAGCGGAGAAUGGGAAGUGGGGACCUGACAAGAGCUGAGAUGAUAGAGCUGGAUAAAGAAGGACGCGGUCUCUUGACAUGUCUUCACCACAAAACUUCAAAUGCUAUUAGAUUAUUAAUGAUAAUCUUAAACUAUAAUUUAUUUUAUUAUUAAGUUUAUUUAUUUUAUUUAGCCUUGUUGUGCAAGUUCUCUGGAGCUUGUGCAGAGGCAGCAGCUUUUGCCAGAGGGGAACUGGAAUCCCCUGGUUGGGCCUGGGUUCUCCUGAGGUUUUUUUUCUCGAUUAGAGUUUUGGGUUCCUCGCCACCGUUUGCAUACUGUUUUUGCACUAUCUGCCUGACCGGGGGGGCUGCUUUAGAAUCUUAAAGUUUUACUUAAUUAAUAUUGCAUAUAGGAAUUUAUUAUCUGUUAUAUUUGACCUGUGCUUCUCUCUCCUUUAUCCUAAAUGUGUGCUCUCACUGAGCGUGUGUGUGUGUGCGUACUUGUCUGUGUGUGUACGUGUGUGUGUGUGUGUGUGUGUGUCUCUGUGUCUGUGUGUGUUGGUGUGUGUGCGUGUUGUGUGUGUGGAGUGUUUUGUGUGUGGGUGUGUCUGUCUUCUGUGUUUUCAACCUUUUCUUGUUUUUGCAGGUACAACUUUGAUUGUUUUGCUUGUAGUCAAUGUGUCUCAUGUACAGCUGCUUUGUAACAAUGAAAAUUGUAAAAGCGCUAUAUAAAUAAAGUUGAGUUGAGAGU